UUCUCCACAGCAAACAUCUUGACAGUCAUCAUCCUCUCCCAGCUUGUGGCUCGCAGGCAGAAGUCCUCCUACAAUUACCUUUUAGCUCUCGCUGCUGCUGACAUCCUGGUUCUUUUCUUCAUCGUCUUCGUCGACUUCCUGAUGGAAGACUUCAUCUUAAACAAGCAGAUGCCUCAGGUGCUGGACAAGGUGAUCGAGGUGCUGGAGUUCUCUUCCAUCCACACGUCGAUCUGGAUCACGGUGCCGCUGACCAUCGACAGGUACAUCGCCGUCUGCCACCCGCUGCGCUACCACGCCGUCUCCUACCCCGCGCGCACGCGCAGGGUCAUCCUCGGCGUCUACGCCACCUGCUUCCUCACCAGCAUCCCCUACUACUGGUGGCCCAACAUCUGGAUAGAGGACUACAUCAGCACCUCCGUGCACCACGUGCUCGUCUGGGUGCACUGCUUCACCGUCUACCUGGUGCCCUGCUCCAUCUUCUUCGUGCUCAAUUCCGUCAUCGUGCACAAGCUGCGGCGGAAGAGCAAUUUCCGCCUGCGCGGGUACUCCACGGGGAAAACCACCGCCAUCCUCUUCACCAUAACUUCUAUUUUUGCCAUCCUGUGGGCGCCAAGAAUAAUCAUGAUACUGUAUCACCUCUACGUGUCUCCCAUAAACAACAGCUGGCUGGUCCAUAUCGUGUCGGACGUCGCCAACAUGCUGGCGCUGCUGAACACUGCGAUUAAUUUCUUCCUCUACUGUUUUAUUAGCAAAAGAUUUCGCACAAUGGCAGCUGCCACCUUGAAAGCCUUCUUUAAGUGUCAGAAGCAACCUGUGCAAUUCUAUACAAACCAUAACUUUUCCAUAACGAGCAGCCCUUGGAUUUCCCCAGCCAACUCUCACUGCAUCAAAAUGCUGGUUUACCAGUAUGAUAAGAAUGGGAAGCCUAUAAAAAUAUCACCGUGA